AUGAAUACGGAGAUACGGUUCAGUGGAGGCAUUGGGACUUUGGCUGCUAUUCCACUGGGAAAUUUCCAUGGGCUCAACAACUUAAGCUCUGUCGAUCAACAGAAGGUUCAGCGUGCUAUCGCACUGCGCCGGGUAGAGCCAUCGAACGUUUCCCGCACACCUGCUAAGGCAUCCAAGGCCCCCACCGUCAUUGACCUUACACAAAAAAAACGAAAGGCGCCGCUAGAGGAAGUAUCGUCUAAUGCCCAAGCCUCCAGCUCGAAUCAGCCUACCUUGACUCAAGACGUCGAAGAGGCAGAGGAGCCUGUUGAAGAUGUCCGCGAGGACUUAUAUUGUACCAUGACGACGAAUGUCGUGGGUAUACAGUAUUAUACAGGCCUUGUGGGCUCCGGUGAAGAGGCUGUCCUGAGACGGGAACCUGAGAAUAAGUACGACCGCAAUGCCAUUCAAGUGAAGAACAUGGCAGGGCAGCAAGUUGGACACCUGCCUCGCCAGGUCGCAGCGAAGCUUGCUCCUUUAAUGGACAGAGCUUUGGUGACCCCAGAGAACCUUACAAAUGUGUAUUUAUACUCGUGCAGCACCCUCAAAAUCUAUGCUGCGGCGGAUAAACGAGACUUACUCGAGCCGAUGCUGAUCUGGGCGACGCCGGGACAAAGAGGCUUCACUUCGCGCAUGAGGGCUCCUCCACCCAGCUCGGGUCCUUCGAACGUGCCGCCCCCCGCAAAACAGGCGGCACAGGCGGCAAAAAACACGGAGGCUCAAAAGUCUGCCGAAUUGGCCCAACUCUUGCAGGGUAUAGAAAAGGUAGAUGAUGACAAGAGACGUUCUGCAGUUCUCGACGUAGUCUGCUCGGUGGAAGAUAUCCUAGAACUCCCCCUCUACCCCAGUCCUCCAAGUAUCGAGUCUGGAGAGUUAUAUGUGAACCUAUUGAAGCAUCAAAGUCAAGGUCUUCUGUGGUGCCUUCAGCACGAAAAUCCGAUUCUGCCAAAGAAGGAAACCGAUAAACCAGUUCAGAUGUGGCAACUUCGCAAGAUUGAUAACAAGAAAUCCAUUUACUACAACCUUGCGGCACACACUCCCAGAGCCCUUGACUCGCCGCCAGCCUUGGGAAGAGGCGGUCUCUGUGCUGAUUCCAUGGUGAGCUGGACCAGUGGCAAAACACUGACCAUGCUUGCGCUUAUCGUUGCGACUAGAAAAGAUAAACUGACAAACUUCUCCAAGAGCACUUUGAUCGUUGUCCCUCUUUCCAUCAUGUCCAAUUGGGAGAAACAAAUCAAAGAUCAUGUUGUUCCCGGUACGCUGAGUAAUUCUUUGUACUACGGCGCUGGUCGAUCCUUGAGCGCUAAGGACCUUUCUGGAUAUGACGUAGUCAUCACAACAUAUCAAGUCCUCACUGGCGAGCACGAUUUGUCGGCCGGUGAUGGGCCCAGCAAGAAGAAGCAGAGGAAAGACAGAAGUCUUUUCGACGUAAAAUGGAAGAGGGUCAUUUUAGAUGAAGGGCAUAACAUAAGAAACCCGAAAACGAAGAUGGCUAGAGCCGCUUGUGCACUCAAUGCUGAGAGACGCUGGGUUUUAUCUGGGACACCUAUUAUCAAUUCUCCGAAGGAUCUGGGCUCGAUGCUUACCUUCCUUAGAGUGUGCCAGCCAUUGGAUGACGAAGACUUUUUCAAACGGCUCCUCCUUAGGCCUUUGAAAAAUGGCCUCCCAUCCGGCUCCGAGCUUCUUAGAUCUCUUAUGUCACAAAUGUGUAUCAGACGAACCAAAGAAAUGCAAGACAAAAAUGGGAACUAUCUUGUUCCUCUCCCACCGGUGGAGAUGCUCGUUGUUCAAGUAAAAUUGACCGACGAAGCUAGAGCUUUGUACGACGAAGCUGAGCGACGUGUCGCCGACCGCGUUCAAAAGCUCAUGAAUUCCACCACUACCAGCUUUGCACAGUCGCACGUCUUGGGGCUCUUGACACGUUUACGACAGCUUGCUCUUCAUCCCAAUCUGAUCCCUCGCAGCUUCCUCGAGGAACUGAGACGAAGUGACCUCGAAGACGAGGACAAGCCUUCCAUCGAACUCACUCCUGACCUUCGCGUGCGCUUGCAAUCGGUGCUAGCUCAGGCAAUCGAAGACAAUGAAGAGUGUGCCGUGUGUUUUGAUGUCCUAUCAGAACCUCGGAUCACACCCUGUGCACAUUGCUUCUGCCUGGCUUGUAUCACCGAAGUUAUAUCCAGAGAUCCCAAAUGUCCAAUGGAUCGCCGCCUUCUACGCCAGAAUGAUCUCGUAGCUCCUCUCCCACCCACAGACGCUCUUGACUUAGUGGAAGAAGAAAGUGUCAUGUCGGAGGGUCGCUCUGCGAAGAUCGAACAAUUAGUCCAUCUUCUUACCCUUACACCGGCAGGAGAGAAAUCAAUUGUUUUCUCCCAGUUUACUUCGUUCUUGGACAAGAUUGCGGAGGCGUUCGAAGAAAACGACAUUUCGUACGUUAGGUUCGACGGGAAGAUGUCUGCUCAGAAGCGCGAGGAAACUAUCGCUCGGUUUUCGGUACCCCUUGAAGAGGGAGCGGAGCCUGAACAAGCGUCGUCCACCCAAGUAUCAUCCACCAGGAGGCGCCCCAGGGCUUCGCAAAGGACUAUAAACGACGAUGCCGACGUUAGCGUGGCAGUCGUCGACGAUAAUUUCGUUCCAGGCGAUGACGAUGACGAUGAUUUCGUAGAGUCUGACGACGAUACUGCUUUCACCAGCAAAAAGAAGGGCAAAGGCAAAGCAAAGCAGAGGAAGACAUCGUCGACACGGGUGUUCUCAGGAGUCAAUCCCAAGGUUAUGCUUAUCUCUUUGAAGGCUGGGGCUCUUGGUUUGAAUUUGACAGUCGCCAAUAACGUUUAUCUCAUGGAUCCAUGGUGGCAGGAAGGAAUAGAGAGCCAAGCCAUUGAUAGAUGCAACAGGAUUGGGCAAAAGAAGAAUGUCCACGUUUAUCAACUUAUUGCCGAGAAUACUGUUGAAUCAAAGGUUCUAGAAAUACAAGAGCGCAAAAAGAAACUCAUCAAGGAGGUAAACAUGCGGGAUACUUUCUUUGUUGUACCAGAUAAUAAACUGUUACCUGAUAGGCUUUCUCUGGAACCAAAACGAAAGAAACUCAGCGCCAGAAGAAGGAAGCUAGGCUUCAAGACCUCGUCGAACUUUUCGGUGUCAGACAGCAAGAGGCGUUCGCAUUGA